AUGCUCUGUGCUCCCGAGUCCAUGUGUUUCCGAGCUUGUCUUGCAGGAGCUUCUAGCUUCUUCUUACCACUUUCAAGAACGCAGCCAGCACUAAGCACUUUUUUGACCAAGAACUCUGCCGUACGCAGGGAGCCCGCUUCCAGUCAUCAGACCACGCGCAGUGGAGUGAGACCUCGGUCGCUGGGGUCGGCUGCAUGCUCAUCUGUACGCACACUCCCCAUCAUAAGGCCCCUCCGCGUUCGUAUUCUCUGGAUGCAAACAUCACCGACCACACUUUCUCGCAUACCAGAAGGCUGGCACUCCUCCGACCCGAUGGCCGCCACAGCGAAGGGGGUCGCCACGACACCGGGGCGACCAUCCGCAGACACCGCAGCGUCUCCGCUGCGCGUGAAUAGUGGCAAUGCUCCUGAAGAUCCCAUUUGCAUUGCAACCUCUCCGACAGACAGCGAGGAACCAGCCAAAUCCACGAAGCGCGGUGCAGCAACCAAGCGCACUCUGGGUCACUCGCACACACAAACAGGCCGGGCCGCAAAGACACCUCGCGUCAUUCCCUCGCCUCGACUAAGACAGCCCCCUGCUACCUGCUGUGCUUCACAAGGAUCCCCAGCCAUUUGGAGCUCUGUGCCAGAGGUCGGGCUCGUCACAGUGGACGACCCGCUACCCCUCUCUUUCCUCACCUGGAACUUGAACGGCUUGCUGCCAAGAGUAAGGGCGUCUCAGUGGCGGCAGUUCGCAGCCUAUAUCGAAGAAGCAAAGCCACCCACGGAGCUCUGUGUUUAUUAUGCUUCUGCGGACCCUUUUCGCGAAGGACGUGAUUUGUCUUCAGGAGAUCCGGCUCCCCGGUGUAUAGGCUGUCGCAAGGGAGAUGGAUUGCCGCGGCACAGAGGCGCUGUCAGAAUUGAAGCGGACCCGACUGCCUCUGCUGCCGAGCGUCGAGAGAUUGAGCAGAUUGCUGCUGCUUUGCGCGAGGCGUUAAAGACCCUCCCGGAUUACAAAGUGCUCAUGUCCCUCGCAGACUGGAAGUACAGCGGACAGUUUUUGCUGCUACGACGACAUCUCAAGGUAGAGGCGCUGAGGUACAAUUUGAACGAAACGGACCCUAAUGUUCACCAUGCGGAAGGGAGAGUGAUCAUAGCGGAUUUUGGGCGGCUUGCGUUUCUCACGACGUAUUCCCCAAACAAUGGAUGGGCGGAGCAGAGCUUCCAAAGGCGAAAGAAAUGGGAUGAAGAACUCCUCGCUUUCGUGAAACGACAACAGAAGCCCCUCAUCUGGAUGGGAGAUGCGAACUGCGCACCAACAGACUUGGACCUCUCUCAUCCGAAGAUAUUUAGAAGCGCGCAUUCGCCUGAUCCAAAACUAAAGCCAGAGAAUGUGGGGCAACCAGGGUGUACGGACGCGGAGAGGGCGCGACUCCAAGAGAUUUUGCAUGCGGGCAAGCUUGUUGACGUUUAUCGACAUCAAAACCCAAGAAGCACACCCCCGCCAGUCCAGGACUCGGCGUACACCUGGCGCGGAUACAAGGAAGAUAGAAGCCUGUCAUCUGCUCGGGGAAUGCGUCUAGACCACGCGGUAUGGUCUUUGCUGCACGCCCAUGCGAUACACCGAUUCAGGGAUAUUAUCCUAGAACACGCGCCCUUAAUGGCUUUCUCUAGUGCUGUCGGCGUCAUACGUUUGCAACCACUCCAUGCAGGAACAUGCCCCGAAAUGCCUUCUGAGUUGUCGCUGGAUUAUGCCUCUGCGUCGGGACAAAAUGCAUACGGGAGCGUUUUCUGCAUUAAAAGUCUUUGA